AUGGCACUCCGCGUUUGCAAACGUCGACGUGUGGCCAGGCCUCCUACUAGUAUAAAACUCAAUAUCGGUGGCGAAAAGCUCAUUGAGGUGUCUCCAGAUAUUUUCGACAUUCUCGGUGAGAACCGACUGUCUUCACAGCUGUCAGGCCGCUGUGAGGCACAGCACGAUGCAAAUGGGAACAUUUUUCUGGACUACUCCCCUGAAGUGUUCAUGCCGCUUGUGGAAUGGCUACGUGACCUUCGUGACAUGCGUGAUGCUGAGCCUAACGUCAUCGUCCAGGUCCUGGUGCAAGAUGAACGCAGGUAUUCUUGGAUCCGCAUGAUGCGGGCUUUCUCAGUUGACGUCCGCCACCUUGCAAUGGCAGGAGUGCAGUUCCACGAGCUGGUGGCCGUUGGAUAUUCUGGCACUCAGCUACGCUCCGUCUUUAAACUCGACUGCACAUUACAACUGGCUUUGGGCGUUUCUGUUGAGGAAUUGCAACAAGCAGGUUUCUCGGAGGAAGACAUUCGAGGGGCAGAGGCAAUCCUUCGCGAGUAUCCCGAUCCUCUAGGCAACACGGACUACAUUUUCCGCCAAGAUCCCCCUCUAGUCUGGGGGCCUUGGCGCGAGUACCUGGUUCCUUGUCCAUUCACUUACGCAGGCGAAUGA